GUAGACUGUAGAGAGAGGGUCGCCGCUUUGUUCAGUAUCCAGAGUAGAGGAGGAGGGAACUCGUGGCUCGUGAGGAAAUGGGGAUCCUCGGGCGGUUAUGGAGGGAGUUUCUUGUGUACCUGAUAAUGCGUGGUUCAGUAUCCAGCUGUGCCGUAAAGGUGGAUUUUGUUUUCCUGGGCCAAAUCAUGUGUGUUGCUGUAGAGAGAAUCAGAGGAAGGUGCGAGGUUCUCAAGCGGUGGGGAGUUCUUGGUAGUUUCAGUUCACACGAUUUGGGAAUUGCUUUGGGGCAAAGCUGAGGCCUUUUACGGGGGAAGGAUAAAGUGGGGUUUCUUGCACUGGGAGCUUUUGGGGCACUGUCAGUGCUUCCUGCUGCUUUCUGGUGAAAUUGGGGUUUGGCAGUCAUCUUAGGUACCCUUUUUACUUUCUAUUAUUCAAUUUUGUAGGUUUCUAUUGUGAAUAAUUACCUGAGUUGUGAUGCUCAACUAUUUGAACCGGACCUUUUGGCGAACUUGGAGCAAUCUUUUUGGCGUCCGGUUCUUUUCAUCUGCCUGAUUCGGUCUAACAUGAUCCGUUCUGAAAGUGAUUAUACUAUAGUAUGCAUGCUGUCUUUAGCUGUAAAUGUUUGAUGAGUAAGGAUAUAAGCUACAUUAGAUUAGAAUGCCAAUAUGUGGAUUCCAAUCUUACUUUGCAGUUGCAUUUAGAGUAGCGCUUGUCCAUGAACAGUUGCUACUGCCUAUUUUAUUUAAUCUGUGUUGCAGUAAAGGUGACAUCGUCCCCGAACUUGUGCUGUUAGUGGGCACAGACGAGGCUACUACAUGCAUCGGUGUUGUAAUUCGCAACAACAGGACUGGAAUGACCUCUGUUAGCCAUAUGGAUUUCCCAAAAAUUGUGGAGGGAGGGCUCAAACAGAUGUUAGAAUUACUUGGUGAUGACAAUGCACCAUUUGAUAUUCACCUUAUUGGUGGCUUUUCUGAUGCUUCGACAAAGGUAGUCCGUUCCUCUGGAACGAAGCACAUCAAACAGGAAGGGUAUUCCUAUCCACUAUGUUGCAAAAUAGUUGAAGUGCUGCAUAAGUCCCAGCAACAAUUCCAUCUCCGGUCCUUCUGUGUCCUUGAGAAUAACACAAUGGCUGACUCACAUGGGAAUGCACUGCCAGUAAUUGGUGGAUUUGUGGUUCAAACCUCUUCUGGAGUUGUCACACCAGCAAGCUUUGACAUGAAUUCAAGAUGUCCAGAUGAAGUUGUCAGGAGAAUUCGUGUUAGUGUUUGUUCUUAUGAUCCAACUUGGCAAGGAAGGUUACUGGAAACUUAUGAUACUCAGUGCGAUGUUUUUCGAAUCGCACCUGCCUGCUGGAUGCCGAACUGGGCAGAUAUAGCAUCCUCACUUAACCAGCUUUCAGACUCUGAAGUCCUGAUGCAAUGCUCCACCUCUCCGGCUGCAGAACCACCUCAUUUUGUGGAAAAUGAAAGAAGGAUCUGGAAAUACUUGAUCAAUAACCCAGACUGGGAAGAGACGUUUCCCAAGCACAAGCCCCGGGUCUUCCAUAGGACCAGCGACGGAAGCUGGUCAAGGUACUCAUAGUGCAAGCCAAGGUGUUGCAUCGCUCUGCUAUCAUUGAUGCUUCCACACAUGGAAUUGGAAGAGUUUCAUCCCCCUCCCUUGAUUGGAACAGCAAAGAUUAGGAGAUUAUGUUCACGAAGUUUUCUUCACAAUGGGACCUGCACCUCCGCGAAACAUUUCUUCACAACGCCAUUUUUCUUCACCUAGUUACCACCAUGAGUCCAUGGUAGGAGAUUGACUGAAGGAUUUGUGUGAAUUCUCCAAAAGAUGUGUUUAAUACGGUCUGAGAUCUUGAUCUCUGAACUUCACGGGUACGAAUGGUGGUUAUUUUAUGGAGUCUGAACA